CCCAAGUUCUAUAAAAGCGUCAUCGAUGACGUCGUUAGUAAUGUGCGCGAAUUAUUCCUUGACGACGGAGUCGAUGAACAGGUGAUUCAAGAGCUCAAGAAGCUUUGGGAGGAAAAGAUUGCCGAAACGAAAGCAACCGAUCACCCCACUGUUGCUCAGCCGAGCACUACCACGACAAACAGUAAAUCAAAUAACUCCAAAAAAUCUGCUGCAGCAGCGGCGGCGGCUGCAGCGGCCGCAAUCGCAGCCGCCUCUUCGAAUUCAACGUCAGCGGCUACUUCAAAUUCAUUAAAUGCUGCCGCUGCUUCUGGGGCUACUUCGAGUUCAUCAGCUGCUGGAGGACAGACAAGUGUGAUCAAAUCUAAUCCAAACCAUGUGAAGAACGGUCCUUCAAACAACAGCCCCGUCGGGCGAGUUAAGGAUGAUUCGCAGCAAAAUGACCAACCAAUGGGCACUGCAGCAACUAGUUCUGAUCGGCCGGCAAUUCAGGAAAUUAACAAAUAUCCAGCACUUGUCAACUCUGCAACUGGUCAAAAAAUGGUUUUAUUACCCCAACAUAGCGGUUCUUUUGUGAUGGGAAUGCCAGGAAAUCCUCAAGCUACAAGCUAUGUUUUGACACAAGAAAUGCUGAGUCAAAUGGGCUUUCAAGGUGUCUCAAACAACGCUUUCAAUCUUACAGCCGGGCAACCUCUGCUUCCUCAAGGUCUCCCCAGUACGAUACAGUACGCUGCUCGUGCGGCUGCUCCAAUAUCGCAACAGGCAACUAUUGGCUUUGUACCAGGACAGGUGGUCGGCCAAACACCAGGCCAAGCGCCAAAUGCAGUCGCCAACGCUCGCGUUGCUCAGCUGGACGGCCACAAUGACGACUCCAGCAGUGAUGAUGAUGACGAGGACGAAUACCGAGACAAUGACGACGAUGAUAAUGACGAUGAGAUGAACGACGAGGAAAACGACGGUGGAAUUGAAGAUGAGGAGCCGCUCAACUCUGGCGAUGAUGUCAGCGACGAGGAUCCCAAUGAAUUAUUUGACACUGAUAAUGUGGUCGUCUGUCAGUACGACAAGAUCACCCGAAGUCGUAACAAGUGGAAGUUCCAUUUUAAAGAUGGAAUCAUGAACCUUCACGGAAAAGACUAUGUAUUUCAGAAGGCCGUUGGCGAUGCAGAAUGGUAG